GGAGUUGUAGUCCCGGCUUCUCGUUCUGAGGCGUGAGGCCGCACGCAGGGUCAGACUUGCACCUCGGCUCCCACUGUGCUACGCGGCCCAGCUCUUGAUUGUCAGACUUCUGCAAAAGCCAAGUGGAGCAGGUAGCGGUUAUGCUGCGGGGCUGCUGCCAUCGUGUCUGGACACGUCUGUGCGACCUGCGCCGCGGGCUCUGGGCCCCCGCCAAGAACGGCCGGCGUAGCGUGGUCUCCUGCAUUGAUCCAUCCACGGGACUAAAUGAAGAGCAGAAAGAAUUUCAGAGAGUGGCCUUCAGCUUUGCUGCCCAGGAGAUGAUGCCAAACAUGGCAGAGUGGGACCAGAAGGAGCUGUUCCCAGUGGAUAUGAUGCGGAAGGCGGCCAGACUGGGCUUUGGGGGGGUUUAUGUGCGAACGGAUGUAGGAGGGUCUGGAUUGUCACGGCUCGAUACAUCUGUGAUCUUUGAAGCCUUGGCCACAGGCUGCACCAGCACCACAGCCUAUAUGAGCAUCCACAACAUGUGUGUCUGGAUAAUCGAUGCCUUUGGAAAUGAGGAGCAGAGGCACAGGUUUUGCCCACCACUCUGUACCAUGGAGAAGUUUGCUUCCUACUGUCUUACUGAACCAGGGAGUGGGAGUGAUGCUGCCUCCCUCUUGACCUCUGCUGAGCGGCAAGGAGAUCACUACAUCCUCAAUGGCUCCAAGGCCUUCAUCAGUGGUGGCGGCGAAGCAGACAUCUAUGUAGUCAUGUGCCGAACUGGAGGACCUGGCCAUAAAGGCAUCUCAUGUGUAGUUGUUGAAAAGGGGACCCCUGGCCUAAGCUUUGGAAAGAAGGAGAAAAAGGUGGGGUGGAACUCACAGCCAACCAGAGCGGUGAUCUUUGAAGACUGUGCUGUCCCCGUGGCCAACAGAAUCGGGGACGAGGGCCAGGGAUUUCUCAUUGCCAUGAGAGGACUGAACGGAGGGAGGAUCAAUGUCGCGUCCUGCUCCCUGGGUGCUGCCCAUGCUUCAAUCAUCCUCACUCGAGACCACCUCAAGGUCCGGAAGCAGUUUGGAGAGCCCCUGGCCAGUAACCAGUACCUGCAGUUCAAACUGGCUGAUAUGGCGACCAAGCUGGUAGCCUCAAGGCUGAUGAUCCGCAGUGCGGCCGUGGCUCUGCAGGAGGAGCGGGAGGAUGCAGUGGCCCUGUGCUCCAUGGCCAAGCUCUUUGCUACGGAUGAAUGCUUUGAGAUCUGCAAUCAGGCUCUGCAGUUGCACGGGGGCUAUGGCUACCUAAAGGACUACGCGGUCCAGCAGUAUGUACGGGACUCCAGGGUCCACCAGAUCCUUGAAGGCAGCAACGAGGUGAUGCGGAUGCUGAUCUCGAAAAGCCUGCUUCAGGAAUAGUGCCCACCCUGAGGCCCUCGUGGGUCAGGGUUGAGUGGCUCCACGUGGAUGGUGCUGUGACAAGUGAGUCAUGGACUUCCCCAAAGGGCUGAGCUUUUCUAGAGGACCCUUCACAGCAGUCAUCUGGAAAGCAGGAAGAGCUCCCCUGGUUGGAAAUAGCACAAGACGACAUACUGCCUUGUUUUCCUGAUGCAGAAGGAUGACCUUUUGAACCCUGACCACCACAGCCCUUUCCCUGGAUCCGCCAAGUCUCGAUUUGUCUGCAUUUUGCUGGUUCACCAGGUCCCUCUUCUGGGAGUCUGGGUACUUCCGUUGAAUAUUUUUCCUGAUUGUAAAGCAAAGGUGUGGGAAACGAGAAAUGAAGAGAAAAUGUCUCCCUGUC